GGUUCGGUCCGCACGCGCCAGUGCUGCCGGCCGUGGUUACAAGCGCGGACGUCCAAAAUGAUAAGUUCCGUAUUUGCUGUUUUAACACUUUGCGUUGUAUACGCGCACGCAGGGAUCCUUCUUCCACAUGCUCCAACCUGUCCGGAGCACUAUGGAGUUCAGGCAUAUGCCCACCCCGAGUUAUGUGAUCAAUUCUUUUUGUGCACAAACGGCACACUUACCGUCGAAACAUGCGAGAACGGCCUUCUGUUUGACGGCAAGGGCGCAGUACACAACCAUUGCAACUACCACUGGGCCGUCGACUGUGGUGAAAGGAAAGCUGACUUGACACCAUACUCUACUCCUGGUUGCGAAUACCAGUUCGGUAUAUACCCAGAUAGCGCUGAAUGUUCAACAAGCUACAUUAAAUGCGCUUUCGGCAUCCCCCAUCAAGAACCUUGCACCCCUGGUCUAGUAUACGACGAGCGUAUCCAUGGUUGCAACUGGCCUGAUCUCCUGCAACCUUUCUGUAACCCUGAAGCUGUCGUUGGCUUCAAGUGUCCAACUAAAGUUCCCGCCAAUACCCAGUCAGCCAAGUUCUGGCCUUUCCCUCGUUUCCCGGUGCCCGGGGACUGCCACAGACUUAUCACAUGCGUAGAGGGAAACCCUCGACUGAUCACCUGCGGAGAAGGAAAAGUUUUCGACGACCAGAACCUCACUUGUGAAGAUCCCGAAUUAGUGCCACACUGUGCACACGCUUAAAUA